UUGCGGAUGGGGCAUAUGCCGAGCCCUCGAACCGAGUCAGCCAGAGAAAAGUAGAGCGACUGACCACCAGAUCCCCUCCACUCAAAGGAAAAAAAAAAGACCACCAGAUCCCCAAUGGCCGCAGCUCACUCCACCGAACACGCCGAAAUCCCUCAUCCACUCCUCCUAAACCCCGGCCGGCCAUGGCAGCAGCACUGCCGUAUCUCGUCCUCCUCCUGCUGCUCCUCCGCCCAGCGGCCGCACCCGCCGCCCGCCCGCCGCCGCCCUCGAAGCCUCCUCCGCCGCAGCCGCACCAGAAAGUGUUCGUCUGGCCCAAGCCGACGUCCAUCUCGUGGCCGUCCGUCGUGUACGCGCCGCUCACCCCGACCUUCAGCAUCCGCGCGGUGCCGCCCCACCCGGCCCUCCGCCACGCCAUCGCCUACUACACCCGCCACAUCCGCGCCGAGCGCCACACGCCGCUGGUGCCCCCCGCCAACUACACGGUCGCCCGCGUCCCCGUCCGCCUCCUCACGCUCUCCGUCGCCGACGCCAAGGUCCCGCUCGGCCCCGACGUCGACGAGUCCUACACGCUCUCCGUGCCCGCGGACUCGGCCUCCGCCGACAUCUCCGCGGCCACGCCCUGGGGCGCCAUCCGCGGCCUCGAGACCUUCUCCCAGCUCGCAUGGGCCGGCGGCGGCGAGGCUGCGGCCGGCCAGUCGAUCGUCCCCAGCGGCAUCGAGAUCUCCGACCGCCCCCUCUUCACCCACCGCGGCAUCCUUCUCGACACCGCCCGCAACUUCUACCCCGUCCGCGACAUCCUCCACACCAUCCGCGCCAUGGCGUUCAACAAGCUCAACGUCUUCCACUGGCACAUCACCGACGCCCAGUCCUUCCCCAUCGUCCUCCCCACCGUCCCCAGCCUCGCCCACCUCGGCUCCUACUCCCCCUUCAUGCGCUACACCGACAAGGACGUCCGCCGCAUCGUCAACUACGCCGCCGCCUUCGGCGUCCGCGUCAUCCCCGAGAUCGACAUGCCCGGGCACACGGGUUCGUGGGCGGCAGCGUACCCGGAGAUCGUGACCUGCGCGAACAAGUUCUGGGCGCCCACGGCGAGCCCCGCGCUGGCGGCGGAGCCCUGCACGGGGCAGCUGAACCCGCUGAACCCCAAGGCGUACCGCGUGGCGCAGGACGUGCUGCGUGACCUGUCGGCCCUGUUCCCGGACCCGUUCCUCCACGGCGGCGCCGACGAGGUGAACACGGCGUGCUGGGAGGACGACCCGGUGGUGCGGCGGUUCCUGAGCGAGGGCGGCACGCACGACAACCUCCUGGAGCUGUUCGUGAACGCGACGCGGCCGUUCAUGGUGCACGAGCUGAACCGCACGGUGGUGUACUGGGAGGACGUGCUCCUGGGGCCCAAGGUGAUGGUGGGGGCGACGGCGCUGCCCAAGGAGACGACGGUGCUGCAGACGUGGAACAACGGGGCCGAGAACACGAAGCGGAUCGUGGCGGCCGGGUACCGCGCCAUCGUCUCCUCGGCGGCCUACUACUACCUGGACUGCGGGCACGGCGGGUGGGUGGGCAACGACAGCCGGUACGACAAGCAGGAGGAGGAGGGCGACGGCGCGCCGCUGUUCAACGACCCCGGGGGCACGGGCGGGUCGUGGUGCGCGCCCUUCAAGACGUGGCAGCGCGUGUACGACUACGACAUCCUGCACGGGCUCACCGAGGAGGAGGCCAACCUGGUGCUGGGCGGCGAGGUGGCGCUGUGGUCGGAGCAGUCGGACGCCGCGGUGCUGGACGGCAGGCUCUGGCCCAGGGCCGCCGCCGCGGCGGAGACGCUCUGGUCCGGGAACAAGGGCGCCAGCGGGCGGAAGCGCUACGCCAACGCCACGGACCGGCUCAACGACUGGAGGCACCGGAUGGUGGCGCGCGGCAUCCGCGCCGAGCCCCUCCAGCCGCUCUGGUGCCCGCUGCACCCCGGCAUGUGCAACCUCUCGCAGUAGCCAGCAGCAGACCGGCGAAGCCUGGCCGCUGCUUUGCUGCCUGCCGUGCCGCAGAGCGAGCGGCGUGGUGGGAAGGAAUGUUCACAGAUCGAACUGGCACGGGGACCGAGAAUUUGGAACGUGGAAGCAGCAGCGGCUAUCCGUGGAUCGACAUGGUGAUGAACAUCCUUGUUUCAAAAAAAAAACAUGGUGAUGAACAGCAGCGGGUGACCAGCCAAGAAACUGCAAAAUAAACCAUUCUAUGCUGCUAGCUUCCACCUCUUGACAGUCUCGUGGUACUGGCGGUAGGAUCAAAGUGAUGUGCGUCAGUGCGUGUUUUACUGUAUUUGACACUGAACAAUUCAUUGCAUGUAGGAGUACUUUUCAA